UGUAUUAUAUAUGGCGAAACUUGGUAAGGUAAAUGUCCGAUGAAAAACGCCGGGAGAUAUCUGUGCUUUCAGUCUUUUCUCUAAUUAUAUUUACAAAUUAGAACGCCAUAAAGAAAAUGUGAAACAUUUUUACACCGCGAGAGUAAUAAGUUUUUGUUUAGAGGUUAUAGAUUAUAUGUAAAUAAAAUGUCUGACGAAAAUGUGCUGUUUUUAAGAGGAACUGGAAAUCAAUUUGCAGAAAAGUCGAGAUGAAGAUGUUUGGGAUGAUACAGCAUUAAUACAAGCAUAUGAUAAGGCAGUAAAUUUGGCUAAGGAGGAAGUAGCAAAGCGCAUUGCUAUGGAUGCGCAGAGUCAACAAAUAACCCAGAAAUCGCAAAGUUCUAAACCUAAAAAUCAUACAAAGAAGACUCUCAAGAAAUGGACUGUUGGUGCUCCUUGCCGUGCAGUAUAUUCAGUAGACGGGCAAGUUUACGAAGCUAUUGUAUCAAAGAUUCAUGAGAAUUCUGGCAUGUGUACAGUGAAAUUUGUUGGAUAUCAGAACUCAGAAAAAGUAGAACUGAGUUCUCUUCUGGAAUCAUUAGGAUUGCAAAGUCAAAUUGCUCAGCAGAAAGAUGCAUUAGCACAAAAAACUAAUGAAGAGACCAUAGAUUCUGACACAUCUACCUAUUCUUCUCAACAAAAUUCCAAACAAGUCAAUGGUGAAAGAAUGGAUUAUGACAUGGAAGAUUCCAGGCCUCCUAAAAAUAAUUUUGUGCCCGGACUUGGAUAUUUCAAUUCGACAAUAGACGCAAUGCCACCUGCACCACCCUUACCACCACAAUUGAUGGCUAAAUUGCCCGAGACUGAUGCAGAUGCAUUAUCUAGUAUGUUGAUGUCAUGGUACAUAAGUGGAUUUCAUACAGGUUAUUAUCAUGGAUUAAAACAGGGUAAAGUCAAUCAGCAGAAAAGAAGAAAUUGUCAGUAGUCUGUUUUUAAAAUUUUUAUCUUUCUAUAGAAUUCAACAAAACUUUUACAUUAUACAUUGUAUUAACAAAUUUGCAUUAAUAAAAUUCUACAUAUUUAUUUUAC